AUGGAACUAUCUAUAAUAAUACCUACGCACAACGAAAAGAGCAAUGCGCCUCUUUUAAUGCACCUUAUCUCAAAGGUGCUGAAGGGAGUUGCAUACGAAGUGAUAAUAGUGGACGAUGGAAGCACCGAUGGAACAGCCGAUCUGUGCUCAAAAGUUGCAGAAAAAACAGGCAUAGAAGCACAGAUUCUUGUGCGAGAUCGAAAGAUGGGGCUAGGAAAUGCAUACAAAAGAGGAGUAAGCCACGCAAAAGGAAGCUACAUCGUUAUUCUUGAUGCCGAUCUAAGCCACGAUCCCCGAGAGAUCCCCAAUCUUCUCAGAAAAAUCAAAGACACACAGGCUGGGAUAGUCAUAGGCUCUAGAUACAGGGAGGGCGGAGGCACGUGCAACUGGCCGUUUCUCCGCAAGCUUACAAGCCAGGGCGCAAACAUCCUUGCACACAUCUUCACAGGAAAACAGAAUACAGAUAUGACGAAUAGCUACCGCAUAUACAAGAAAGACAUAAUUACAUACGCAAUUCAGAAUGUACAGGCGCAGGGCUUUGCCUACCAGAUGGAGAUACUCUUCCACUGCAGCAAAAAAAUAGAAGAAAUUCCCAUUAAGUUCUACGAAAGGCUCUCUGGGCGCUCCAAGCUGUCUGUAAAUGAAUACGCACAGUUUCUUCUUUGGGGAAGCUCUUUAUUGGCCAAGCGUGUAAAAAACAGCACGCAGGAGCUCCUAUACAGCGAAUAG